CUCCGAAAGCUAUCAGAACUUCGCUAACGUUCUAACAAGUCAGUGAUAAACAUGAACUCCAUUUUUGUGAUAGCUUUGAGUGCUCUGUUCGUGGCUCUUGCUGUGGCAUCGCCCAUUGAGCUGAACGAGGAACAAAAGGUCUUGGCCAAGCAGUAUGGAGAAACCUGCUCCAAGGAAAUCGGUCUCACCGAGGCUGAGGUAGCCAAGGUUAAGGCCAAGGACUUCAGCGAUCCCACUGAGAACAUCAAGUGCUUUGCCAACUGCUUCUUCGAGAAGGUCGGCACCCUCAAGGACGGCGAGAUCCAGCCCGAUGUUGUGCUUGCCAAGCUGGGUGCCAUCAUUGGUGAGGAGAAGACCAAAGCUGCCUUGGCAAAGUGCAGCUCCGUUAAGGGCGCUAAUAAGUGUGAAACUGCAGUCAAGUUGCACGAAUGCUUCGAUGAGUUCAAGAAGGCUUAAGCAGCUGCUGCUGUUCAAUAAAUUAUAAUUAAUUUAUGCUUGCAUUGAAAAACAA